CUAUGUGUCAUCUUUGGUUUCUGUUAAAUCCCCCGAAGAGAUCUAUAGGCAGCAGGAGAUUGUGGUGCUCUUCUGUGAAACCGUGGCUAGAGCUUUGAAACUUGGCUACUUGACUCAGGAGAUGAUUGAUGGAUAUGAACCCCAGCUGAUGUUCACCAUUCCCCGCCUAGCUAUUAUUAGUGGCCUUCUGAUCUAUCCAGAUGGACCCCUCAAUUUGGAAAGGAGGCCAGAGGAGAUUUCUCGAGUCUUCAGCCCUUUUUAUGUCUUACUUAGAAAAAUCAGGGAUUUGCUUCGUGUGCUGUCCAAGGAGGAGUUGUACAAGCUGGAGAAACGUGUGCUGAAUGAGUGCACUGCAGAUUCACAGCCCUGCAGUAAUAGGGACUCUCCAGAUCUCCAGAAUUUUGCAUCUCAGUGUACCUGCCCAUCUGUCCCAAGGCCUUUGGUGCAGGAAUCUGAUAGUGCUCAAAGAAGAAUGUUCACAGAUGUUCCACUGAAUUCUCGAUGGUUGGAAUUACGGGGCCGUUACCGCAAUACAGAGGACAUGAUUCACACAUUAUUUGUCUGUAUUUCUGGAGUGGCAGACCAGCUCCAAACUAAUUUUGCAAGUGACCUGCGCAGCAUUCUGAGGAGUGUCUUUAAAAUUGUGACAUCCCAAGUGGAAGAAUUGGAGGUGACAGACACUGGACAGUUGGAUGUCUGUGUGGUACCAACAGCGCCUUUCUUGACAGAUUGUGCUCUCUGCUCCAGCACCAGGCAAGGUGUGAGGAGAGAAGAUACUUUGGUGCCCCCAGACUGGGUACCAGACAGCACUUCUAGCCAUUGUAUGGCUUGUCAUGUGCCUUUCACUUUUCUUCGGCGACGGCACCACUGCCGGAGUUGUGGGAAGAUCUUCUGCUCCCGUUGCUCAUCCCACUUGGCAGCACUGCCCCACUUUAGGCAUCUGAAGCCAGUCCGCAUCUGUACACACUGCUACACUACCCACUUGCCUUCCACGAAUAAGAACGCCAGUUGCCUGUGAGCAUCAGUCUCUGGAUGAGGGCUUUGUUGAAUGCCAUCUGUGCCUGAGGAACCUCCAAGAACUGGAAGACAAUUGCAGCUUGCCUCACCAGCAAAGGGUUAUGGGAGCAAUCACACCUGUCUUACUAGGAUUCUCCAGGGGGUGAAGCAAAGGGCUUUUUGUUGUCAGGCAAGAGUUGGGUUGGAGGCGGAAGCACUAUGUUCUUAAAAGAGGGAAUGAACUCUUGCAUUUUUAUAUUGAAGAACUCUUGGGAUUUGUGGGGUUGGAACUGCACUCUAUCAUUAAAGAAGUCUGAACAAACUCUUCUAUGUGCUAAUAAAGCUGGCUUUUUCUAUAAUGGAAUGAUGGCCCAUGUAGAAAUUACUUGGUGCUAUUUACCUGACUUCUGGUAGAACCUAAGAAUAAUUUAUUGUCCUAAGGUUAGCUGUUAACCAAAAAAAGUGAUAUUGUGUUACCAGAUUUGGAUGAAUGUGCAAUAAGGGCUUGAGGAUACUUUUGGUUGGAACUGAAAGGCAGGACCUGGAUUUCCAACAAUAGUUUGUGGAGGACAGCCAUGAGUUUUUGCUUUUCAGCUCUUGAUGUACCUAAAAGCUGCAACACUGUUCAUAUGCAAUGUAUAUUUGUAAACUCUUAUGCCACAUUGUGGAAACCUAUCUGGGAUUCAUACAACUCUUUCUGAAAUCAUUAUGAGCUGGUUAUCCUGAAAACUUGCCUAGACUAGAAGAUAUCUAUCUAUCUCUAUCCAUCCAUCCAUCCAUCCAUUCAUCCAUCCAUCCAUCCAUCCCAGAAGAAGGCAAUGCAAAUCAUUUCCAUAAUGCUGCCAAGAAAACUGCAUAAAAUCAAGUCUGACAUGAAUAAACUAACUUUUUACUUGAAAAAUGCUGUCUGUUGCUAUUGCCAUCUUGUGUACUCUGAGUUCAAAAU